AUGACCUCUACGCCGAGUGAUGGAGACCCUCUUCAGUCGCCCGACUAUCCGUCCUCGCCCUCGAUCCCAACCCUCGAGGUUCACAGGACAAGACCACCCGCGAGGAAUGAAUCACCCGAGACAUCCACUACUAGCCUCCCUAUCCGCACCUCGAGCCCUCCCGCCCUAGGUUCCCGAACGAGCACUCUUUCUAGCGUCCUAUCACGCUCUAGUUCUCCCAAUGGAAGGUUGUCGUUGUCAAUAUCGAGAUUUGGGAGGUCGCGAGCCAACAGCCCCCUCGGGAAUCCAUCAGAAACAUAUGAUGACACACGAUCAUUGAUCGUCCGAGCAUUUUCUCCCACUGUCGCUAUCUAUGCAUCGCCGGAGGUGGACGAACUCGCUGCUCGCAAAGGCUUGAGGAGUGGGUUUGUCGGAUUGAUUCGCCCGUUCGGCGACAAGAUCAGUGGAAAGGUGGUGGUGCGAGACAGCACAGGCGCCAGCCGGACAUGGGAAGACUUUGGUGUGCAUUUUACAGAUCUCGGCGAAUUGGUUCGAGAUGGCACAUCGUCACACUCUGCGUCCAACUCGAUGGACAAGCUGGAAGAGUUGAUGGAACAUUUUGUGGGAGAUGGCUUCGAUCAGACCGAAGAUGUCCUGGCACGGGGAGAGACCUCUCCUUUUUAUCGGCUGUUUCUGGCCCGGCUUCUGUCCUCUCAAACAAUGAGCCCGCAUGAAUCAUUUCGCCAUCCGGUUGGCGCGGUGAUAGCCAUCAGUUCCUCCACGAAACAACCCAUCGAGACUUUGCGCAAUCUCUAUCAGCAAACCGCGUCGGGUUCGCGGGCUGUACCAGGCUACGUCAAUCCAGAAUACCUCAGAUAUUAUGUGCUUGUCCACGAUGAGGACCGAGAUGACUUCAGCAAGUCAUCUGCCCUCUUUGAUCAGAUGAAGCGACACUUUGGCCUCCACUGCCAUCUUCUCAGGCUGAGGUCUGCGCCUUGCACACAGACGGACGAUGACACCGAAGAACUCCCCACCAGCGAAUGGCUGUCGCCCUCGGAACAACUGGCGUUCUUGCACGACACUGCAGAUCUAAUUGAUCUCAACACCUCUACAUCUCCUUACAUCUUUUCCUCGGAUGCGACCGCCCUGCGCGCAUUCGUCCGCGAACUGAUUGCACAAUCAAUCAUUUAUCAUAUGGAGCAAAGGAUCGCUUUAUGGAAUGAUCAAAUCGCCUCACGUCGUCGAGGUAUCUCUGGGCGGUUCAUGUCGCUUUCGAAGAGAUGGACUGGGAUUGGGAGCUCUUCUCGGAGCUCAUCGUCUACCACCAACGUCGGAGCCAGCGGCAAUUACGAUAGCCUGCAGGGAACAUACCGUUUUGAUGCUCCCGAGAGUCUAUUGCGAAAGCUUGCCGACUACGCGUUCAUGUUGAGAGAUUACAAACUGGCGGCAUCAACCUAUGAGCUGCUUCGAGGUGACUACUCGAAUGAUAAAGCUUGGGAGCAUUUGGCCGGCGCGAACGAAAUGUGCUGUGUUGCUACUCUCCUGAACCCUCUCACAAGCAGUGGUAGUUCCAAAUUCAAAAUUGAGAACUUCGACAAUAUGCUCGAAACUGCAAGCUAUUCAUAUUUGACCCGGUGUUCGAAGCCGGCCCUUGCGUUGCGCUCUAUCUUGCUUGGGGUCGAGCUCUUGAAAGUGCGAGGUCGAGCAGCGGGCGAGCUCGCGGCGAAGUGGGCAGUCCGCAGCCUCGAACUGGGUUUGGUCGGUAGCAUCGGACACGUCUUGGUCAGUGAGCGAGUGGCAUCUUCUUUCGCAGACCGGAUCGGCAUCGGCAACACGAGUUGGGGCAUGCGUAAAAGAAAAGCUGCGCUAUGGAGUAUCAUGGCUGCGGAUGAAUGGAUGAAACUCGGCCGAGCAGAGAUCGCUGCUGAAAGGCUUGAUGAAGCACAAGAGCUCUACGGUGAAACGAAAAACACCGACUCACAUAAGCAGUUUCAUGAAUUGGCCGAAUAUUUGGAACAACUGAGGCUGGCCGUCAGAAUGAAGCUUGGGGAGGCAAGAAGAAGAGGCUUCAGUGGAGCGACGAGACAGAUUGAACUGGAGGGCCCAGUCGACGACCAACCGGAUGUGGAAGACGAAACGGUGGAAGAAAUGAAUGCUCUGGAAAAGGCCGAUAGCAAGGGCAACAGGAAAAGUUUCUUAGGAAGCGGUGUUGGAACAGGAGUGAGCCUGCUGGAGCCCGUCACGCCGUUGAGCCCGGCGCGGCUGAACAGAGCCGAUACAUUUCGGGGAGACGAUGAUUUCGAAUGA